GCAGGGUCCGCAGCGCGCCCUGCGUCCCAUGGAUAUAGCAACAGGUCCCGAGUCGCUGGAGAGGUGCUUCCCUCGCGGGCAGACGGACUGCGCCAAGAUGUUGGACGGCAUCAAGAUGGAGGAGCACGCCCUGCGCCCCGGGCCCGCCACCCUGGGGGUGCUGCUGGGCUCCGACUGCCCGCAUCCCGCCGUCUGCGAGGGCUGCCAGCGGCCCAUCUCCGACCGCUUCCUGAUGCGAGUCAACGAGUCGUCCUGGCACGAGGAGUGUUUGCAGUGCGCGGCAUGUCAGCAAGCCCUCACCACCAGCUGCUACUUCCGGGAUCGGAAACUGUACUGCAAACAAGACUACCAACAGCUCUUCGCGGCAAAAUGCAGCGGCUGCAUGGAGAAGAUCGCGCCUACCGAGUUUGUGAUGCGGGCGCUCGAGUGUGUGUACCACUUGGGCUGCUUCUGCUGCUGCGUGUGCGAGAGGCAGCUGCGGAAGGGGGAUGAGUUCGUGCUCAAGGAGGGCCAGCUGCUGUGUAAGGGCGACUACGAGAAGGAGAAGGAUCUUCUCAGCUCCGUGAGCCCCGACGAGUCUGACUCUGUGAAGAGUGAGGAUGAAGAUGGAGACAUGAAGCCGGCAAAGGGGCAGGGCAGCCAGAGUAAGGGCAGUGGAGACGAUGGGAAGGACCCGAGAAGACCCAAACGGCCCCGGACCAUCCUCACUACGCAGCAGCGAAGAGCCUUCAAGGCUUCUUUUGAGGUCUCCUCCAAGCCCUGUCGGAAGGUCCGAGAGACACUGGCGGCAGAGACAGGUCUCAGCGUGCGUGUGGUCCAGGUCUGGUUUCAGAACCAAAGAGCAAAGAUGAAGAAGCUGCCCGAGGCACAGCAAGCGAGCUGCAGCAUAGCCUCAGAGGGGACCCUGCCGCAUUCCGUUCCUAAAACGCCCCAUCGUGGCCUAGCUGCCUACCACGACGUGUUUGCCCACGUUGACGGCCCCCUCCCUGAUGGUCUGGCCCCAGCUGCCGGACUUCCCACCUGGCAGACCAUCCCCUCCCCAGCCGGUGAGGUCCUGUCAAGCCGCAUGGAGGGCAUGAUGGCCUCCUACACGCCACUGGCCCCUCCGCAGCAACAGAUCGUGGCCAUGGAGCAGAGCCCCUACGGAAGCAGCGACCCCUUCCAACAGGGCCUCACGCCGCCCCAAAUGCCAGGGAACGACUCCAUCUUCCACGAUAUCGAUAGCGAUACCUCCCUCACCAGCCUCAGCGACUGCUUCCUCGGAUCCUCGGACGUGGGCUCCCUGCAGGCCCGCGUGGGGAACCCCAUCGACCGGCUCUACUCCAUGCAGAGCUCCUACUUUGCCUCCUGAGGGCCAGCCGGGCCGCAUGGACGCUUGGGCCUGGGCCUAGGGUGGGACCACAGGCCUCUGCAGCCAGCCGGCCCCCCAGCCCACCACCCGCUCAGACUCUACAGACAGCCAUACGGUGCCCUCCCCGCGGCCAGCCGGACCUGGCUCAAGUGCCCACUGGGCGCAGCCAGACAGGCAGAUGGGUGCAGCCUGGGCAGGGACUGUGUCCUGCCCACAGAGACCGUGUGACCCCUGGGGACCCAGAGCUCUUGGACAGCCACUUGCCUCCCAGCCCCUGACUCCGUCACCGUCUUUCCCCUCCCCACCUCUUUUUUUGGGAAGCUUAUAUUUGUUCUAUUUUUUUUUAAAACAUUCUCUCUGUUUCCAGCCAAGCUCCAUUGUCCCUGCAAGUCCAGCCCUGGGACAGUACCUGGUACCCGAGAAACGGUUAUACGGGUGUCCUGCGCAGGUGACCACUUCCCCUUCUGGUCAGCGCAGGGGAUGGUUUCUGGGUCCAAGAGGCCCAGGGUCACUGUCCCCAGCCCUAGGCUGGGGCAGAGUAGAGGAGGAACCGAGCAGGGGUGACAGGUUCUCUGGCCCUGCCUGGACUAGGAGUCCCAAGUAAGAGGAGGGAUGUGGGCAGAGCCCAGAGACCCAAAGGGACAGAGAUGCAUAUGUAAAGGCACACGCAGCUGCAGGCACACCUGUGCAAACAUGCAUAUACACCUGGGUGCACACACGCGCACACAGACGUGGAAGAGGUGGACAGACGCUCUGCAGCCUGGCGACAGUGAGGUCAGUGGGCAGGGCCUGCCUCUGAGAGCAGCUGGAGAGAACAGAAGGAAGGAGGGAGUCUUCGGGUGUGAGCCGGUGGGCUUCCGUGCAUCCCAGGCUCUGUACAGGCAGGGCAGGGGGCAGUCACAGACCCAGGUCCCAGGCCAGAGAUGGAGCCCGCAGAACCAGGUAGAAUCGGGCCACAGCAGAUGAUCCAGAUGGAAAGGACCUCAAGAGUCACCGGCUUGACACCGUCUGGUACUUAGUUCCCUUGGCCCUUGUUCUUGGACAGGGCAGCUGCCCUUCUUGUGGCCCCUCCUGACCCUUAGUCUCCUUAGCAGACAGGCUGUACACGGGCAGGCACUGUACUCCUCUGCGGGGUGGCACUGUGUGACCAAGCUUCCCUCCUGACAUUAGCCAGCUCACACCAAACAGGCCCCUCCCCUCCCCUGCUUUCCACCUUACCUCUGCUAAUGUGGCCGGGGAUCCAGCAGGUGGCUUAGGUCCUUGGAAACCCACCCAUAUCAUCUGUAAUGAGCCUCUGGGCCUCGCACUGGUACAGUGACAUGCCACAACCCCUCAGCAUGUGCAGAUGGGAGGCUGACUGCUCAGAGCCCAGGGAGGACCCUGGCCUGUACCUGGUCACCUGACCUUCCGUUGACUCAGUCAGCUCGGGGCAUUACUCUGAACCCACUGUAUUCUCUCCCUCUGUCUCAGCUGGCUGAGAGGUCAGCCCUAUGGGGCUCCCUGCAGGACCCCUGCACAGUGUAGAGCCCCCCAGCAUUUCAGCCUCCUGUGUCAGUCCAGCCCGGAGUCCCCUGGACUCUUGCUGCCCAAAGCAGAAGCAAUAGUGGGUCUUUCCUUGGCAACCUCCACUGGCCCCCGACAGGCACUGGGUCCUGGGCCAGACGCCCAGGAUGCUGUCACUCAUUGAAUGCUGAAUCCUAACCCCCGACAUACAUCCUGAUGUGUGCCGAGCUCUAGCCGUGGGCUCCUAAGGAUGAGUGUCUCUCUCUCUUUCCACUUUGGGCUCCUGCGUCUGGCUAGUCAGUUGUGUGGGUUUGUUCUCUGUCUCUGGAGAGACCUCAAACCCCCUUCACCCCACUCAGAUGUCACAGAUGGAGUCAGCGGGGAAUAGCAGUUGCCAACACAGCCCUCCUGCGUCCCUCUUUUCAUAAAGAGAACAUCGCUGAUCUCCAUGCUGAAGUUAGGGUCCUGGGAUUCACCCUUCCCCCGUCUGGCACAGGUCCCUGGCUGAAUUGUACAGGGCAUAUUUGGGGCAGACCCAGGGUGGGUACUGGCUCCAGGGAGACCUGGCCUUCUCUUAACCAUGUUUUAAGUUGGAAAACACAAUACCAAUGGGCUGUGUAGGUCACCCUUCUGUGGCAGCGGAAACCUGAGACAGGAGAGGGCCAGGGAUGUGCUCCAGGCCUCGCAGCCCGGCGGUGACAGAACUGCAUCGGGCAGGAUAGCAGGAGUGUCCCCAUCUUCCUUAUCUCUCGAAAGGCCCCCACCCGGGACCAGUGUGCCUCACAGCAGCUGCUGGUCCCUCGGGGUCCUCUCUUCCUACUCCAGGGCCUCCAGACUCCAAGUCCUGCCCUGGCCCUGCUGUCCCCAUGCUGGUGUCCCCAGGCAGAAGAUGUUAUCAGGACACUUCUAAGUUGCCAGAGGAGGGACCUCAGCCAUCAGGCUGGAGAUGCCCUGGCAGCCAGCCUUCUCAGGAUUCCUUCACCAUGGCUGUGGCCUGCUGCCCUGCUGAGACAUGACACCCACGCCGGCCCUGGACUGCUGCAGGGACUCGGGCUUCUGUCCUGUGAGCAGAGGUGGCCUUUGACCCAGCCCUGCCCAGACCUUGUUAAAGACCCCACUCAGGCUGGGGAGCUGAGGCUGACAGAGGGGUAUGGGGCUGGGAGGGCUAGCCUUCAGCCUGAAGGAGCAGAGGGAUGUGGGAGUAAGAGGCAGAAAUUGAGAGAUGGGUGGGGGUAACUCAGAGACAAACAGAGUCCCACCUCCUGCCUGGGGAUGUGGCAUGUUGAGGCUCAGGCAGAGGAAGGAGCCUGCCCAGGUGUCACACAGGAGGGACAGUACCCCGGCUUUGUCCCAGCCACAGCCCUCUGCGGGCUCAUUCCAUGAGGCUCCCCAUACUCUGCUGCCCUCAGAGACUCACAAGAGGCCACACACGGGCACCACAGCAGUGUGAGGGUCAGACCAAGGGGCGGUGCAGGCAGCCUGCUGUCGUGGAGGCUUCCUGGAGGGGGUGUGGACGGUGAGGAACUGCCACAACAUGAGUAGGUCCAACAGAGAGGCAGUCUCUCCUUUAGGGACAUCCCUUUGAAGUGAGGCCACUGCCCCAGUUUACCUGGAUGUCCCCCCUGCUCAGUCAGGGAACACAGGGAAGAUGAACUCAGAGCUCUGAGCACCCUUAGGGCCAGGGGGAUGCCGCAGCCCGGGGCUGACCACUGUGGGAAGGGCCACCACACUCACACACACGUACAUGCACACACUCACCUGAUACAAGGAGGCUCACAUGUGGCCUGCAGCAGGGAAGCAGGAAGGACCCUUCAGCACACGGCCCUUCACAGGGGCGAUUGCCAACGGUCUCUGGGCUGCCGCCCUGCCCCGGGGUCCCACCGGAGGGGGUUGCUGCAGCUGGCUGGGGCCAGGCCUCCCAUCGUAUUCUUCCGUUUACCUUGUACAGACUGCCCGCCUGCCAUCCCCACACACAUUUUAUUUAAUAACUUGUCAUUGUUAAAUUAUUUAUUAGCAUUACCACAUCACCACCCCCCGCCUUCCACUCACCUGCCUCUUCCCACAAAAGCAGAAAUGGAAACAAUGAGAAAAA